UCACGGUCAGAAUGGAUUGACAAGGCAGGGUGGCAGUCGCAUGCUGCCUACCGGACCAGGUUUGCAGAUGAGCGGGAACCAUGACAGCUCUCCACACAGCAGCUCCACAUCCUGGGGCGUAGCUGCAAGGAUUGAGACUCUGAGCCUGGAUCCCUGAGCCUGGAUCACUGGCGUCUGCAAAACCUGAUCUACCAUAUCCUGUGGCUGUCCGCUCAGGAGUAGCCUCUUCUCUGGGCCCUGGAUAGCCCCUUCACUACCAGAGACCAUAUUCCUAUUCAGCUAGGCCUGGACCUACAACCCACAGCCUUCGGGCUUCCCUGCCCUGAGACACUUCAGCCAGGAUGAUCAAAACCUUCCGACAGUCAGCUAUGGGCUCCAGAGUGGGUGCCCUGGUGAGUCUGGGCCUCACCCUCCUCCUGUCCCUCACUGCCCACUGCUCUGGUCCUCAGACUAAGGGCUUCCCCAAGGGAGGGCUGGAUGCUAGUGAAGCCACCACAUGGGUCAGGGACAACACCUCCCUCCUGCAAAACUUUUGGUGCUUGCCAGCCAGCCAGCUGCCCCGGGAACAGCUCUCCACUUUAAUCAGAAGCCUGGCUUCACAGAGGGUCCCACUCAAAGCCUGGCAGCUCAGCUGUUUGGCCAACCUCGCUGCGCGGCUAGGCCUUCAGGAUGACUUCGAGUUCCACCCACCCAGCCUCCUGCUUUUCUACAAUCUGAGCCAGGUGAAGGAAGCCAACUGCCGGGCCUUCAUUCAUCACGCUGCCCAAGGGGACACCACGCUGCUGGCCAACUUGCCCAACCAGAGAGUUGCCCUGCGGCGCACAGCCUUGGCCUGUCUGGGGGGACCCCACCUACAGCUCAGUGCAUCAGACCUGGGGCUUCUUGGGGUCCUGGUAUGUGACAUGGAGGCGCCACAAAUUGUGACUGCAGACCCCCGUGUGCUGAAGAACCUGCUUCGCUGCCCAAGGCUAACUGCCACGCAGACUGCUGCCCUCAACACCCUGCUGGCCAGUGGGAAGACACAAAUUGGGCCUCCUGGCUCCUGGAAUGUGGAGGGGCUACAGGCCCUGGGACCUCUGGCCACCUACAUCAGGCCCCACCUGUGGGAGAAGGUGCAGGAGGCUGUGGGCUUGGACUUCUUCCGCAGUGUGGUGGCUGCCUACCGGGCAGGCCAGCUGAGCAGGCGUGAUGCCCAGCACUUCAUCACCAACUUCCUGGAGUCCAAAGCUAAUUCAGUGUCCUCAAGGCCCAAGCGGCGCACAGGGAGAUCCUGUGUCCGUGGCAACAUCACAGCAGCCACCCUGCACGAUGACCUCUUCCUGGCGCGCUAUGACUGCGCCCAGCUGGAGUCCUGCCUGGGCACACGUGUGCUCAGGGCCAACCUGGACCCCUUGCUCCAACACCCCCUGCCUGAAGAGUGCCAGCGUGUCGUCAAAGCCAAGCUCACUCAGAUCUACCCACAUGGCGUUCCUGAGGACCAGCUGCGCCUCAUCACCUCUCUGGUGUACCUCUACUCCCUCGCUGAAAUAGGCCAGUGGAACAUCACGUCUGGAGACACGGUGAUGGUCCUGCUGGCCUCAGACGCGGCUCUGGACAACCAGACAGAGGCAGUUCUUCAGAGGUUCUUGGACCAUAAUGGCAAGGUCACGGGCGCUCUUCUGGUGGCCAUCGGGGGUUCCCGUCUCUGCUGGAUGAGCCUCAAGCAGAUACAGAUCAUCCAGCCCUCAGAGUUCCGGCUGGCCGGGGCUCCAGACAUCUCUCUCUGCCCUCAGAGUCGGAAGGACGCGCUCUUCACCAAGGCUCAUGAGGUCUUUAGGAACACCAGUAGCAUAGGAGAGUACUACUAUUUAAUACGCCCCUACCUCGGUGGUGCCCCCUUGGAGGAACUUCAGUACCUGGCCCAGGCCAACAUCUCCAUGGACAUUGAUACCUUCACCAACCUCAACCCCCUCAUGCUGAAGAACAUGGGUGUGAACAACGUAAGAAAUCUGCUGGGACAGAAUGUGGGGGACCUGCGGAAGGCCCGCAACCAUCCAAAUGUUGUCCUGUGGAUGAACAGCCACAACAUGUCAGACCUCUCUGAGAUGGGCUUGGACACCAGUCCCACACUGACCUAUGUGACCAACAGGCCCCCUAACACUGCCUACUCACCACCCAAUUUGGACCACACCUUGGAUCCGCUGGGGAAUGAUGUUGCCCCUGCCUCAGGAAGCCCUCCAGUUCAUCUGGGAUACCUGUCACUUGCCAUGGCUCUGCCUUCCAGUCUCCUGUGGCUGCUACUGUGUCAGGUGCUUUCAGGACCAAUGGGCACUGUUCACAGGACACUAGGGCCCUGGCAGUUGCCAAUGGCACUGACCCAGGGCAGUCAGACCCCUGAACAUCAGGAGAGAUGCAGCUGCUAAAUGGAACAAGACACCUGCUCAAGCUGAAGUACAUGACCCAGGUCCCAGGGGACAUGCUGUGUCCCCCAUCCUAGGAGGGUGGCCCUGGCACACACCUCAGCUCCCAGGACCUGCCCAGCUACAAGGACAAGUUGGUAGGAGGAGACGGGGUCCAGAACCUCUGGCCUAUUCCAAGACAAGUGGGACUUGGUGUCACUUCACUGUUACUGCCCUCACCAGUGGUUCUGAAUAAAGCA